AAGAAAGGUUUUACCCCACGUGUCAGCUUCUCAUUGCAAAUGCAUUUAUUUUUAUUUUUUUUCUUUUCUCUUUUUCUUUUCUGUUCUUUUGUUUCUCUCGUCGAAAACGAAGGAGGCUGAAGGUGGGAGAAAGAGGUGAAUCAGAAUCCGACGAUUAGAUAGCGUGAGAAGAGAGGAGAACGACGGAGGAGUUUGGAGGAAGCUACAAUGGGAAUCUCAAAGAAAUCGUCAAACGUUUGUACUUCCCUAUCUUCCUCACGUCGUGAAGCGCUGCAAAUUGACUUGGCACGGGCGCUUUCUCAGGUGCAUAGUGCGGUGAAGCCGAUUAAGAAGGAUGCAAAGAGGUCUGUGAUGAAGAAGAAUCUUUUGAAGAAUUUGAAUGUGAUGUUGAAGUUGAACCCGUAUGCAAAGACGGCGAAGCGAAUGUCUUUGUUGGCUGAGGCACAGAGGGUUAAGGCUAAGAAGGAGAAGCUCACUUUUGUAGUCUACUCUUCUGUAUAUUGUUGAUAUAAAGGGUGUCAUGUUCUCAUUUUUUUUCAGGUGAAGAAGAGUGAAAAGUCAUCAGUCACAGACUUGUGUAGGUCAAGAAGAGUGUAAAGUCAUCUUCUGUAUAUCAGUCACGGACUUUUGUUCAGUUCUUGUUCUGUAUUUUAGUAAUCACUUGUCUUGAAACAAGAUUCUCUGAUAUCUUUCUCUUCUCAUUCACCGUCUCGGUUUGAUCAGUCUCCACCUCAUAAGCACCAUUAUUGUUGUUGUUAGAACCACCAACACCACCACCAUGCUGCUUCCUCUUGGACCGAGCACGCCGGUUCUGAAACCAGUUGUAGACGUUUUGCUCAGCGAUCUGGCCGUGUUGUCUAAGCUCUUCGGUUAUGUCUUUGAUCUUUUGUUGUUUGUAAGCAAAGUGUAUUUAGAAACUUGUAUAAAUGAAAAUGUAUUGUCAAGUUCACAAACAUUAAUCUUCCUUCUCAAGUUCACAAACGUUCUUCUUC